AUAGGUACGGACGUCGUCUUUCAAGCUCCAAUCGAAUCUUCAGUAUAUUUCACAUGCAUUGUAUCCCCAAUUAGAUUUCAAUUGGGCUUGGGGUACACCAUUUGGUACACACACCUACACACUAUAAAUAGGCCCAAAAAUUACAUUUUUUUUACCCCCUCCCCCACGUGCGAUUUCUUUCCCUCCCCUCCCCUCUAUUCCCGCAGCUCCUUCCAUCCCUCCCCUGUUCGACGUUUUUAAUUUCCCUCAGCAGAACAAACCUUACAAAAAUGGAAUUUCCUGGCUUUGUGAAUGAAACUAUCAUUGAUACUACGGUGGACGAUUUUUGGGCUGAUUGGGCUGAAGCAAACGGUGGUUGUCGACGUGAGGAUGAAGGUGAGCGAGAACCGGCGGCGGCCAUGGCUGAACGUGAUGGACAACCAGAUUCGGCGUCUGAACUUGACGGAGAACCGGCCAUGGACGACGUCCCUGAGCUUGAUGGAGCAAUUAAGCAAAAUGAGAGUGAUGAUGGUUCUAUACAAGCUCCGGAUGUCGGUAUGCAAUUUGAUAGCAAAGAAGCGGUGUAUGAUUUCUACAAGGCAUAUGGGAAGCGUUUAGGAUUUCCCGUAAGAACUAGGAGUACCACGAAACACAAAAAUGGAGUAGAUAUGGUUGGAGUAUUACUAGAGUGCUCUCAUGCCGGUAGCAGAUCUACUAGGUCAAAAAAUCAAUUGAAGCCUCAACCUUCAAUGCAAAUGGGAUGUGGAGCAAAAAUACGAGCACGCACAAAUUAUGAGGGACUUUGGGAAAUUUCAAAAAUCUGUCUUGAGCAUAACCAUCCCAUGAGUCCAACUAAGGCUCGCCUAUUCCGGUGCUAUCGGACUUUGACUCCCCAAGCAAUGAGGCAAGUUGCAAUCAACGAUGUGGCCGGAAUACGACUUCAUAAAACUUUCAAUGCAGCCGUUGUUGAAGCCGGUGGGUAUGACCAACUUCCUUUUAUUGAAAAAGAUUGUAGGAACUACAUUGAAAAGGUAAGACAACUUAGGUUAGGGAGUGGUGAUGCCAUGGCACUUCAAGAGUUUUUUUCUAAAAUGCAAGCUCAAAGCCCCGGAUUUUUCUAUGUCCUUGACUUAGAUGACGAGUCCCGAUUGCGUAAUGUGUUUUGGGCCGACAGUCGAUGUAGAUAUGCAUACAAAGACUUUGGAGAUGUGAUCACCUUUGACACAACCUACCUCACGAAUCGGUAUGACAUGCCUUUUGCACCAUUUGUAGGUGUAAAUCACCACGGACAAUCAAGUUUGCUAGGUUGCGGAUUAAUCUCUAAUGAAGAUACGCAAACAUUCGUAUGGCUAUUCACCGCAUGGCUUGAGUGUAUGGAAGGCCGUGCUCCGAUGGGCAUUAUUACGGAUCAAGACCGUGCAAUGCAAAACGCCAUCCAAAUUGUUUUUCCAAAUACAAGACACCGAUGGUGCCUAUGGCAUAUUAUGAAAAAGGUACCGGAAAAAAUGGGAGGCAUUACAGAAAAAAAAGAAAUCUUGGAUGCUAUUCAUGAAUCCAUUUAUGACUCACAAUAUAUUCCACAAUUUGAGCAAAGUUGGAAUGACAUGAUACAAAGGUAUUCCCUGCAAGAUCAUGAAUGGCUUGUAGUCAUGUACAAUGAAAGACACCGGUG